AUGAAGAGCGUCACCAUCGUCGUCGUCGCGGCCACCGUCGCCGCUACGGCCACCACCUGCUCAGCAUGGAGCUAUACACCUUCCAUGACCUACUCGGCUUCCAUAUCUGUCAAUGCCCUUCAAAAGUAUCAGACGAUGAUUGGAGGUGGGUGCUCUGGAGCAUUUGGCAUUGCCUGCCAACAGUUCGGCUCGGUUGGUCUAUCGCCGUCCAACCAGGACCUCGUGACUCAGAUCCUCUUCGACGAGAACAUCGGCGGCCUGUCUAUCGUGCGUAACGACAUUGGUUCAACACCGGGCAUUGUCGCCGGUGACGUUUCGUCUAUUCUGCCCGACUGUCCACCUACGCCAGAAGGGCCGUUCAACUACGUCUGGGACGGCAACGACACAUGCCAACUACAACUGACCCAGACGGCGCUCAAGUACAACCCGAACGCGUACGUGUAUGCCGACGCAUGGUCUGCCCCGGGAUGCAUGAAGUCGGUCGGCACAGAAGACAACGGUGGAUUCAUCUGCGGUGUUCGAGGGGCCAGCAACUGCUCCGCGGACUGGAGACAAGCUUACGCCGACUACCUCGUCCAAUACGUCCGGUACUACGAGCAGGAAGGGAUCGAAGUGUCCCUGCUAGGCGCAUACAAUGAACCAGACUUCAAUCCCGUGACGUACGCGAGCAUGGAAUCAGACGGGUACCAGGCAAAGGAUUUCUUGGAGGUAUUGUAUCCGACGGCCAAAGCAGCCUUUCCCAAUAUCAGUAUCGCCUGCUGUGACGCCACUGGAGCAAGGCAAGAGAGGAACAUUUUGUACGAGCUCGACCAAGCUGGAGGGUCCGAGUUUUUUGAUGUGGCGACAUGGCACAAUUAUCAAAGCAACCCAGAACGACCAUUCAAUUCAGGCGGCAAGCCAAACCUAAUGACCGAAUGGGCAGAUGGCACCGGUAAAUGGAACUCAUACUGGGACGUGACAGGUCAACUUGCUGAAGGCUUCCAAUGGGCACUGUACAUGCACAACGCCUUCGUCAACUCCGACACGUCGGGCUACACACACUGGUGGUGCGCGCAGAACACGACGGGCGACAACGCCCUCGUCCGUCUCGAGUACGACGCCUACUACGUCUCGGCGCGCCUGUGGGCGUUUGCGUCGUACUUUCGCUUCGCGCGCCCGGGGUCCGUGAGAGUCGAAGCGUCAUCCAGUGCCGAGAACCUGUACGUAAGCGCGUACGUCAAUGCGAACGGAACCGUCGCCGUGCCCGUCAUCAACGAGGCCCAUUUCGCUUACGCCGUGACGAUUGAGGUGGCGGGUGUCACGGAUGUGAGCGUGGCAACGGCGUACUUGACUGACAACAAUCACAACGUUACAAUGGCAGGACAGGUUGAGGUGGAUGUUGUUGUUGGUGGUGGUAGUGGUGAGAGCGGUGGUGUCAAGUUUGAGGCUACCGUUGAACCGAGGGCUAUGAAGACGUUUUUCUUAUCUUGA